AUGUCUUCGUCGUACAAUUUUCCUCCUCCAACUACUAAAGCCGACGAUCUCGAGGACCUUUACAGGGCGUACAUGGACGAUCGUUCCGUCGUUCUCGACUUGGCCGGUAUGCAUGAGACUCCCGAAACCAUGAGAGAAGGCUACUACGGAGCCUAUCUUUCUUUCUUUCACUCUUGCGGUCUUAUCUUCCCGAUUCCGGAGCCAAUACUCGAGAUUCUGGCGGAGCAUGGGUUAUCGCUUACUCAGAUCCUCCCGAAUUUUCAUAGACAUCUUGUCACCUUCUUCGUCAAGGAUAGGGAGGAGGGCCUUUCUUUUGGCCUUGGUGAGUUCCGACAGCUCGUUCUGGAGAAGCGAAACCAGCAGAACCCUGGUCCCUUCCUCGUGUCUCCGUGCCCAGGUCGCCAUGUCAUCGAUGACAUUCCCUACCGCGACGAGAAGUGGCGCGAACAAUUUUUUGUUUUCAAGAUGGAUCGAGCGUCUAUGGGUGAAUUCGACUUCUCUCGGCUCCGUCGGCGUUGGGCCGAGAAUAUCGAUGUCUCGGGAGAGAGGCAGCCUCCUGUCUCGUUGAGUCUUGGCUCAGAAGACGAGACCGUCGCGGCGACUCGUAAACGACGCCGGUUGUCGGAGGGCGCCUUGCCCAGUCCAUCUCGUGCUAGGUUUUCUCCUGAGGGAGAUGGUUCUUUGUUUGUGGCCCAAAGUGACCUAAUUUUCCUUGCUGGUCGUAUGAGGUCUGCGGGUUGCCGUCUCCCAUCUCUCGCUUCCUCAGCCGAGAGGGAAGCCUAUGCCAAGUUGCUUCGAGGUAUUAGUUUGCUUAUUUCGACUUCUUCUCCGGUGAUGGAAGCUUUUAAUGAAUACGUCGUGGUGAUGGAGGAUCACGUCGUGGCUUCUCGGAAUGACAAGGAAAUCGAGAGUAUUGGUUCCGAGAUUAAGAGGCUUUCGAAGGAACUCAAAGCCACCAAGCGAGAAGGCAAGAAGGAUGCCGAAAAGAUCGAGGCUUUUACCGAGGAUUGGAAGAGAGUUUAUCAGGAGAACGAGGCUCUUACGACCCAGAUGGUUGCUCAGAAGGCAAGAAUUGAGGUGCUCGAGGUCGAGAGAGAUCGGGACAUUCGUCGUGCUUCUCGCGUUGCUCGUCAUGAUAUCGCGACCCGAUACCAAGAGAUCCUUGAAUCUCUGAAGGAUAAAUGGUCAAUAAAGAAUAAUGAAGUGUCUGCUGAGAUCCGGUUGCAAGAGGUGGCUGCCAACAUCGAUCUUCUGAACGAGCUCAAGGAUGAGGGUCUAAGUGUGGAUGCAGAGCUUGCUCGUUUAAAGGAUCUCUUGCUUCAGCUGCCGUGCCGGAUUGGUCAAUCUCCGAGCUCGAUCUUCCUCAAGUUUCAGACGAUUUAG